UGGCCCUGGCCCGCGGGCCCGACGAGCUGCCCGUUAGGAGGAACUUCCAGAUCCCCAGGAAGAGCCGGGAAAAGAAAGCACUUUUUCAGCCAGUAACGUCAGGCACCCGAGAGUUCGAAGAUAUUCUGAAAGUUCUACACUCAUCUUACCUUGAGCCAGGAUCAGUGACUAAUUUUAACUACAGACGGGCUAGUUUGGUUCAUAAUGAGCUUUUGGAAAAGGAGUUCACAGAGAAACGGAGAGAGCUGAGAUUUGAUGGUCGUUCAGAUAAAGAACUUGCAGAAUCCUAUGCGUUUCUGAUGGUUGAUCGGCCUCAGGUACAAGGCAUAUGUGAGAAAGGCAUACAGGUGGGCCAGUCCAAAAUAAUUAUUCUUGGCAGCCCUUCCAUGGGUAUCUAUCUUUCCAGGUAUGCUGAUUUAUUACAAGCUAAUCCUUUGGAAGCUGGGGCAACGGGUGAUGUUAUUAUUUUUAAAAUAAUAAAGGGGAAAAUGAAAAGCAUAUAUGAUCCCAUGGGUGUAAAAAGUGCAGAAUCUGCCCCAAAUAAAAGUUCUUUGGAUCCAACACCAAAACAUGAGUGUCAUGUGUCCAAGAAUGCGAACAGAAUUACUUCACUGUUGGCCUACAGGGCCUUUGAGCUUACUCAGUAUUACUUUUAUGAAUAUGGCUUUGAUGAGCUAAGGCGAAGACCAAGACAUGUGUGUCCGUAUGCUGUUGUAUCUUUUGCUUAUAAAGAUGACGUGCCAGCUCCAAAGUUUUUAACUGCAUCAAGGUCUAACAGCUUUAAUGUAGAGAGGAGCACAGAUAAAACGGAUUACACGUUAUGGAGAGGAGAGCUUUUAAACAAAGGAAAACUUCUGUGCUGUGCUUCCUUGAAGUCGGCGACCCUUCCUUUCCUGCCCUUCAAACUUCCUGAGAAGUUAGAUGUCGAAACUGUUAUGAGCAUUGACCACCUGAAGCAGAAAAUUCCUCCAGCCCUUUUUUAUAAGGAAACAUACUUAGGGGCAAAGGAAGUAUUGAAGAAUGGAAUGUAUUGCAGCCUUUAUGAAGUUAUAGAAAAGACAAGAACUGGAAGUAACUUGGAGAGUUUAAUACAAAGACUAGAACGAGAAAAACUAGUUCUUGUUAAGCCUUUGGGAGAUCGAGGAUACCUUUUCCUUCUCUCUCCUUGGCAAAUGGCAUCACCGUAUGAGCACCAGACUGCCAAGACUAGAAUCCUACACGCUCUGUUUCUGUUUCAGGAGCCUAGAGGAGUAGUGAGUUCACAGAAAGUGUUACCUAACGUAGUAACACAGGAACGUCAUGAGACCACCCUUGAGAGCAUACCAGGAAUCAUGAAAUUAAUUCCAUCCAUACAUUUUGCCUUAAUUCAGUGUCGUAAAGAUUUAAGUUUUAUCAAUACUACCACUUUCAGUACUGUUGUUGAAAAGCAUAUAAGCGAAUACUUUAAGCGAGGGUUUGGGUUAGGUAGACGUAGAGAAUUUGUCAUGUAUCCAUAUGACCCACGUUUAGACGAUAGAAAAUUCUUAUAUUCGGCUCCAAAAAACAAGUCACAUGUUGACAGUUCCUUGCACAACUAUAUUUUCCAGUCUGAAACAUAUCAAUUACCUGUUUGUAAAGUUAAGGAACUGAUGGAAGAAAAUAGGAAAGUUCAUCAGUUUAGUCCAGUUUCCGAUCAUGAAGGGCCCGAGGAAGAAGUGGACUUUUUGAAACUCAAACUUCGAAAGAGGAAUAGCUCCAAGAAUGACUCUCUCACAAUUGGGAAGAAGUGGAAGCCGUCUAAUUCUUGGGACUAUGAUCAGGACAGGCUUAAAGAACUGAUUAAUUUAAUUCAGUGUAGGAAAAAAAAUGUAGGUGGAGAGUCUGAUACAGAAGAGACUAGAGACAAAACUGGCCUGAAAAGGAAGCACGGGAAUCAUCCUGGAAAUCUGAGAAAACACCGAAAAACCAGCGACUCAUCUGAAAAUAGUCAUUUGUGUGAAGGUUCUCCACAUUCUGUUUUCUCGCUUAUCGGUGGAUUCGGUGGACAUGAUACUGACUUGAGACAGCAAGAUAGCUCUGACUCAGGAAUUACUGACACACGGGCCCUGAUUAAGUUGCUUUUAGAAACUCUGACUAAUUCAAGAAAUUUGGAUCCAACUCUGGCUUAUUCUGUCAACCAAGCCUUAGGAUGCAGUGAUGAAACCAGGGAUGAUCUGAGGCCAAAACAUGAAUAUGAGUUAAUUUCUGCACAGAACAAGGAAGAGUAUGAGCAGCCAAGUUGUACAAAAGUAGAAAAUAUAAAUUGUAAAGAUCCCAAAAGCCCAAUUAUCUUGGAAGCUGAUGCCUCAUCUUUAAAAUUGAUUGAUGUUGACCUAAGAGUCUCCUCUAGUGAAGUUGGCUCUGAGCCCAAACUCCAUUUGAAAGAAGAUCCAAAAAGUAGCAGUUUGAGUAACUUUGAUAAUUACAACCUGGGUACUACUACACCCAUUGAAAAUUGCAACCGCAAACAGCAUUCUAACUCAAAUAAUGCUGCGGAAGGUGGAAUUCAUUGGAAACUAAUUCCGAUAACAGGAGGGAAUGCAAGAAGUCCAGAAGAUCAACUUGGGGAGCAUGAGGAUAACCAGACACCAGGUAUGAAAUCACCAGAAGAACAGCUGGCGUGUCUGCCGCCAGAGGACGCCUUUCCUAAUGAUCCCCGGGUAAUAAGUAGACAGAGGAGCUCUGAUGACCAGUUUCCGUACUCUCCAUUUUCAGACACAGUAAAGGGGCCACCAGAAGAUGGAACGUUAACAAGUCAGGGGAUAAAAAUGGAAGAGCAGUGUGUGUUAGCAGCAGAGAGUUCCUUGGUAGCUACACAUACACUGAGUGGAACCACAGAAAGUACAAUGUUAGAGGAAUAUAAUUUUUUUUCGAGGAAAAUAGAAGAGAUUUUGAAGCAAAAAAACAUUUCAUAUGUCAGUGGAAUUUCUACACCUUCCCUCUCAGCACAAGAGAAAAUGACUAGACUUUCUGCAUAUGCGUGUUCUGAAACCUCUGAACUGGGUGUCCAGGAGUUUGUGAAUGGCUUACAUGAAAAACUGAAUGUUGUCAUCACCAAAACGUUAUCCUGUGGCCAGCAUACACCUACACUCAGUCCUAGUCCAGAAGGUAGUUGUGCAGAAAUAGGGUUGAAUCCUCCAACAAGUCAGGUUAUACAAGUUUCAUCAAGUGAUUUCAACACUGAACAAGGACCAGAAUCACAUCAUCAUCCUAUGCAGAAAGAGACUGACUCUCAUGAGCAGCCUUCAUCUACUACCUUGGGUUUGGCUGAAGUAGAGCUGGACCCAGGCCACCAGGCCCCAGAACUUAUACGGACUCCUGAUCAAACUGUUUCUAGUGAGGGCACCUUGGAGUCGGCAGAUAACUCCAGAACACCCAAUGACAUAAACAUUUCUACCCAGCCAUCUUUGUCAAAUUUUAUAAGCCAGUUAGAGCCAGAAGUAUUUAACAGCUUGGUUAAAAUCAUGAAAGAUGUCCAGAAAAAUACUGUGAAAUUUUAUAUUCAUGAAGAAGAAGAAAGUAUGCUUUGCAAAGAAAUAAAGGAAUACCUUAUCAAAUUAGGCAAUACAGAAUGUCAUCCAGAGCAGUUUUUGGAAAAAAGGUCAACAUUAGAUAAAUUAUUGAUCAUCAUUCAAAAUGAAGAUAUUGCAAGUUUCAUUCACAAGGUACCUGGCUUAGUGACUUUGAAGAGGCUCUCCUGUGUUAGUUUUGCUGGAGUUGAUAGCUUAGAUGAUGUGAAAAACCACACAUACAAUGAAUUGUUUGUUUCUGGAGGUUUUAUUGUGUCAGAUGAAUCUGUUCUAAAUCCAGAAGCUAUCACAGUUGAGAAGCUAAAACGUUUCUUGGCAUUUCUUGAAGAACUAAAUACUCCAGAUGGCAAAUGGCAGUGGAAAAUCCAUUGUAAAAUUCAGAAAAAGCUCAAAGAGGUGGGCAGAUUGAAUGCUAAAGCUCUAAAUGUGUUGACGCUUUUGAAUGUCUAUCAAAAAAAACAUUUGGUUGAAAUUCUGUCAUACCACAACUGUGAUUCUCAAACUCGAAAUGCUCCUGAAUUGGAUUGUCUUAUCAGACUUCAGGCUCAGAAUAUACAGCAACGACAUGUUGUCUUUUUAACAGAAAAGAAUGUCAGAAUGCUUUCCAGUUACACAGAUAAUGGAAUAGUGGUUGCGACAGCUGAAGAGUUCAUGCAGAACUUUCAAAGUCUUGUGGGCUAUCACAAUUCAGUGACAGAAGAGAAGCUUCUGCAUCAUGGUGCUAAUGAAAAUCUUGAGAGACAAUCAGCUCUUUUAGAAAGUGAUGAAAAGGACGAAGAGGAUAUGUCUCUGGAUUCAGGGGAUGAAACUUCACAAAUUGAAGUAUGCAGCAGUUCUCAUUCAGAAAUAUUGGAAAUAGAGACCAAAGGAUCACGUGGAACAGAUCAAAAAGAAAUUUCUCAAACUCAGUUGCAGCCGUCUACUGACAGGCAGAGAAGUUUGUUAGAAAAUAAGACUUGUGAACUUGGUGCAGAAGAGGGGCAGCCCGUUGUGGCUGCCACGGCAGGCUCGACUGGGGAGAUGAACAAGUCCAUGGAAUCGGCUCCCUUUGAAGACUUCCCGAUUUAUCAUAGUAGGCAGUUGAGCAUGUCCCACCAAUUCAGUCAUUUUAAUGUUCUCACUCAUCAGACUUUUUUGGGAACGCCAUAUACUCUUUCAACUAGUCAGACUCGAGAAGGUGGAAAUUAUUUUCUGUCUGCUUAUAGUCAAGGCUUGGAAACAGAUAAAUCUUUGUCUCCAGUUAGUUGGGAUGUAAAUGAUUCUUCUAGGCCAUAUUCAAAACAGAAAUAA